AUGUCUUGCGGCUCUGAGUGCCUGUCGCUGGGUCCACCGCCGGACUCCAUAGCGAGGAUGCCCCCUCCCCCGCUGCCGGCGUUCCUAUCGAACGUGGCGAACCUCACGCCGCCCUGCAAGGCCGCCAAGUGCCCGCCGCAGCAGAGCAACGAGGUCAACGCCCUGUUCCCCGGUGUCGAGUACCACGAGCUGCCACGCCACGAGCCGGCCGGUUACGAUGACACGUGGUUCUUGGUGGUCAUCACCUGCUGCAUAGCCGUUCUCUGCAUAGCGGCUCUACUGACCCUAUUCCUUCUUAAGUGCAGAGAGGGGCGCGGCGGCUGCAAGGGGGGCGCGGGCAAGGCGGGCCCGCACGCGCUGUACGGCGCGGCGCUGGACUCGCGCGUGCUGUGGGCGGCGCUCACGCCGCGCGGCACGCGCCACUUCGUCGCCGAGGCGUACCCCGACGAGCCCGACGACCACCACUACGAGUGCGUGGAGCCCCUCUACAAGGCGCCCGAGGGGCUCGCGAGGGGCUGCGCCGACUACGAGGAGCCCUCCCUCAUAGAGAGCUACGCCGAGGACUACUUCCGGGGCGCCGAGACGCUGCGCCGCGGCCGCCCGCUCGUGUCCUCGCCCACGCGCAUCGAGCGCCCCAACCUGCCGCCGCUGAACCUGCAGCCGCGCACCCUGCGCCGCCCCGCGCACUCGCGCCGCGUGAGCGACGCCAACGGCGCCGAGAAGACCAACAUC